AUGAGCCAAUACCACGGCAACGAAACAGGACAGAUUCCAGGAAAGGUUCCCGAGUCGUGGUGGGAAGGUGCAGCGAUGUUCAUGACGCUGAUCCAAUACUGGUACUGGACUGGAGAUAUUUUGGGGCCAGCUGCUAUGACAGCUGCAGAGCUGAACUUUGCUGAGAAGGAAGACCAGCCUUUGUGGCUUUCACUUGCCCAGGGUGUCUUUGACGCGCAGGUUUCGAGGUGGGAUGAGACUCGCUGCGGUGGUGGGAUGCGGUGGCAGAUUUGGCCGUUCCAGGGUGGGUAUAUCACGAAAAAUGCCAUCUCGAAUGGCGGAUUGUUCCAGCUCGCCGCGAGACUGGGCCGCUAUACUGAAAAUGAAACGUACAUUCGGUGGGCGGAGAAGAUAUGGGACUGGAGUGCCACGACGCCCCUGCUCAAGUCGGAUAACUGGACUAUUGCUGACACGACAACGCUGGGGCUGCGUACAUGUACAACCUCACCAAUGGUGCCCAGAAAUGGAGAGCUGCAAUCGACGGCUUACUCGCAACAACAUGCAACAACAUGGAGAACAUUUAUCGCCGAAGAUGCCAUGUCUGAGGUCUGGUGCGAGCAAACCAUGUCCUGUGACCGCAACAGAGACAUGUUCAAGGGCUUCCUUUCAUCCUGGCUGACAUUUACUGCCACCAUUGCCCCAUACACCGCUAGUGACAUCAUCCCCAAAAUCCAUCGAUCCGCCAUUGGAGCAGCUAGACAAUGCCUAGGCGGGCGAAGCUGUGGACGUCAAUGGAACGAGGGCGACUGGGACGGUAGCGCAACGAUGGAAUCCGACACGAGCGCCCUAAGUGUCUAUUCCUCAUCUAUGGUGGCCUUUUAA